UCAGAUGUCUAAUUAGGUGCAGCUUAAAGAGAAGCAGUGUUUCUCCAGCUUUUUCUGUUGUAAUAUUUACCAUUUAAAGAAGAGUUUGUUGCCGAGUGUGGUGGGAAACUAUUAUGAAUUAGACUACUUAUAUUCAAUUUUAUUUAUACUAAAACACCUUCAUUGACCAAAGAAAACCUCAAAUGAUACUGGUGUCUGUUUCGGAUUUUCGGUAUGACUUGAUGACAAAACUGUAAAAUAGAAAGAUUAAUAUAUUUUAACGGAUAUAUUCAUAUAAAGUUAUCAUCAUGAUACCUACAUUAGUAGUUAAGUGUUUAUAUCGAAAGCUUGGAAGACGAACUGUGGAGCUAAAGCAAUUCCACUCUAUGAUUAAUGUGCUUCCUAAUACGUACCGCCACGACGCCUUUCGUGUAGCCGACACAAAACUAUGGAGGCAUAUAAAUACAACAGCUUAUAUCAGAGAAAAGAGUAAACCAGUGAAAGAUGUCAAAAUUCAAGAUAAAGUUGUAACGAAAGGUGAUUCUACUGAAAAAGUUAUCAAACAAAGUGCAACGGGGGAUAUUAUAGUCAAGACUGAAACUGAUGUUAAUAAAAUAGUAACUAAAGUCACGAUAGAAAAAACUGAUACUAAAGCAGUACCACCGCCAAGUCCACCUCCUAAACCCCCAGCAAAGAAAAGACUAUUGAUAGAUUUCUCUGCAUCUUACACUGAACGUAACUUUAUUACACCAAUGAGAGCUAUGACGGAGUAUUUGCUUAAGCAAUCUGAUUUGGAAACUCUGCCAAAAGUGUUAAGGAGAUCACCAUAUGAAUCUGAACCUCCAAUAACUGUGUAUUAUAGGAAAGAUGUUGAGGCCAAGGCUAUUGAGGUCUGGGGAUCAAGGGAGGCUUUAGAAAAAGAACUCUUAAGGAGAGAAUUGGAUAGACGAAGAUAUGAACAAGAUGUAUUUACUGUGAAGAGAAGAUUACGAAAUUAUCGAAGAGAAAUGAGCCAUAAGCGCAUCAGACCUGAGGUGGAAGAAUUAGGUCUCAAAACCAGAUCAGGGCGAGUGGUCCUAACUGCCAUAGGAAUCAAUGGCUGCAAUUUCUUGUUCAAAUUGUGUGCAUGGUUCUACACUGGAUCUCAUAGCUUGUUCUCUGAAUGUAUACACUCUUUGGCUGAUACAGUGAAUCAGCUGAUAUUAGCAUAUGGAAUUCACAAAUCAGUUCAAAUGGCGGACCCAGAUCACCCAUAUGGAUACACAAACAUGCGAUAUGUAUCAUCCCUGAUAUCAGGUGUAGGGAUCUUUUGUGUAGGAAGUGGACUAUCAUUUUACCAUGGAGUCAUGGGCAUUUUGGAUCCACAACCAUUACAUGACUUUUACUGGGCUUACUUUGUACUGGGUGGGGCAGUUGUAUCUGAAGGAGCAACCUUAAUGGUUGCUCUGAACGCCGUUCGGAAGGGUGCAAAAGAAGCAAAUGUUCCAUUAUAUGAGUAUGUGAUACGCAGUUCAGACCCGUCUGUAAACGUCGUGUUAUUGGAAGACACAGCGGCGGUAGCGGGCGUGACCGUGGCGGCGUCGUGUAUGGCGAUCUCGCAGUACACCGGCAAUCCGUUGCCUGACGCCGUGGGCAGCAUCCUCGUUGGCACUUUGCUGGCCGGCGUUGCUUCUUUCAUCAUUUUGAGCAAUGUUAACGCUCUUGUUGGCAGGUCGAUCCCCCAGGAGCAGUUAGACGAAAUAAAUAGCGUUUUGGAAAGAGACUUUAUGAUUCGAGCAAUACACGAUGUAAAGGGUAUAGACAUAGGAAGUAACCUCAUUAGGUAUAAGGCUGAAGUAGAUUUUGAUGGCAGAGCUCUGACCAGAUCUUAUUUGGAGAAGCACGAUUUAAACACACUGAUGGAGGAUAUGAAGAAAAUUGACACUAUUGAUGACGUAGAAGCAUUCCUACUGAAACAUGGCGAAAAUAUUGUAGAUAUGUUGGGCGGGGAGAUCGACAGAAUAGAACUGAAAUUAAGGAAAAAGUUUCCACAAAUUCGACACUGUGAUUUGGAGAUCCUGUAAAGUUCAACUGGUUCAAACCUGCAAUAAAAACGUUAUGUUACUUUAGCUAGAUAUACUCAAGCUUUUUCCCACUGUUUAACACUAUUGUCCUACCGUGGUCGAAGUUAACUUUACAUCAAAUGUUAACUACUUAUUAAGGGUUAAAAUGUACAGCUGAAGAUAUUUGUAUAUACAUUAAUGUAUAUAAUCCCCUAUAUUACAUACGUAUUGUUUGAAAUUAAAACAAUCGGUAUUUGAAUUUACAAAUACUUGUUGAAUGCAAUGUACGUUAAAAUUGUCAAGUGUUUCUCAUUCUCUGAAGUCUUUUUCUGUGAUUUAGUUGUACAUAAAUGAAGUUAAGUUUUUGAUUAAAUACAUAGGUUUUAUAAGUCAGUGACGGCUUAGUUUUUAUUUAUUUUGAUGUGUAAACUUGAUAGCUUGUAACCACCUUGGAACUUAGGAAAUACAGAAAUACAUAAAAACUCGUUGAAUUAUAAUUUAAUUAGUACAAAAAAUAACAAUUUCAUUUAGCUUACAUGCUUCUGAUAUCGUCACAACAAUAAUAAUAUAGGCACAACAUUAUAAGCAAGUGCAGAGGGAAUGAAUAGAAUAUAAAUUAGAUUACAAUAAUUCAAUCCUGUGUAAUAAAUGCCAAAGAAGUCAUAUUGAAUUUAUUAAAAUCGUGUGCUGCUAUCAUAAUAAAACAACAAAAUACACUUAUUUACAAAUUCAAAACAAUUGACACUCGCAUUUGAAA